AUGUCUUACUACCCUUCACAAACAGGACAACAUCCACAGACCCCUGGAGCGUACCCAUACGGCGCGUACCAUUACCCCGCCACCCCAGGCGCGUACCCCUACCAGACCGGUAGCGCAUAUCCAACAACAGCUGUGACUGGCUAUGGCACCACUGCGUGGCCGUACGCUUAUAACCAUCAUUACUAUCAGCAGCAUGCUGCCGCUCAAGCGCACGCCGCUGCUCAACGGUCGGCUGCAGCAGCGUCAGCAUCUACCGCGACUGCGCCCGCCAGUUCCCAAAAUCAACAACAAACUCAGCAAGCGGUUGUGCCUACUGUUGCCCCACCGACAAGGACAACGUUUAGUGCAUAUACACCCACGACAUAUCAGCGCGAAAGCGUAACUGCCGCGGCAUAUGGAGGAGCUACUGGUCGCGGAAGCAAGAAGCAGGGGUCGACGUUCAAGGGCCUGUUCAACAAAGAGCUGAGGAACCUGAUGUUUGGGUUUGGAGACGACCGCAAUCCAGCAAAUGAUACCGUGAACGUGAUGGAAGAGAUCUUAGUGGAAUAUAUUGCGGACGUUUGUCAAAGCGCCCUCGCUCCCACACGCAAGACACGGCUAUCUAUCGAAGACCUACGGAGAGCUUUGUCCCGACCAGCUGAUGCGAAGAAGUUGGCUCGAAUGGAGGAACUGCUCUUCAUGCAGGAGGAUAUCAAGCGUGCGAGGGCUCAGUUUGACGACUCGGAUAUCCAGCAGUCCAGCGCGCUCCAACAGGGGCGAUAGUGUAUAUAGGUCUGCUGAUUUCGAUGACCUGUUUGUAUUGUAUGCUUACCGUAGUACUGGUCCUACCGUUCUGUGCAUUUUGGGAGUGCCUCCGAAAGAGUGGCUGCCGC